UUCACGUAGGCAUCUUGAUUUCACCCACCAGAUCAGCGAUAUCAAAAUCAAAGCAAUAUGCUCUGACGCCAAGGCCCUAUCUCCCGCGCUUUCCUCUUCACUCGCUUCACUCAAUCAGUAAACGCUGUUUCCAUGGUAACCGAAAAUACUGAAGAAAUCAUGUGACGUCAUAGCCGUAACCUUUCCUUAAAAUAUACAUCAACGAAACCAACGAAUGUUUUAAGCAUUUUCAGGCCAAUCUAAUAAAUAUAUUUUUUUAAUGUAUCAAAUUUGCUAGUAAGUUUGCUUCAAAAGCAGCUAAAAUCAAUAGCAACCAAGGGAACAGUUAAACUAUUUCCUCCCACAAAUAGUGUUUUCCUACGGCAAACAAGUUGUAUGAGUGCUGUUCUAGUGUUUAUUCGAUUGUUUUUUAUAAUUUUAAAAGCUGAAUUCACUUGUAAAGACCGAUAUUGAUUAAGUUGACGUCAGUAAAUCGAUCCGAACAUUUAUUCGAUUUCUUCACAGUGCAGCUUCAUUUCUUUCAACCUUGGAGCGGUUAGUUGUGGAUGUUGGAUGUUGUGUGUCGGAGUUGUGUGUGCGUAUGGGCGGUGGUUGAGAGAAACGCAAAAAUAUGCCUAAUAAGCCUAAAAAAGACAAGGACUCAAGCAAGAAGGAGUCAGCAUCUUCCAAUGAAGAGGGCCAGCGGGCAGCCGCCGGUGCCGCCGGCGCCCCGCCGCCCACCGCUCUCAGCAAGGUGCCCUACGGCGCCAGCCCCAUGAUGCGCAAGGACCGCCGCCAGAGCUCCUCCCGCUUCAACCUGCCCAGGAACCGGGAGCUCGAGAAGCUGCCCAGCUUCAAAGAGGUGGCCGCCAGCGAACGGGAGGAGCUCUUCAUCCAGAAGAUCCGCCAGUGCUGCGUGCUGUUCGACUUCAUCUCGGACCCGCUGUCCGACCUCAAAUGGAAGGAGGUGAAGCGGCUGGCGCUGCAGGAGAUGAUCGAGCACGUGUCCUCACAGCGCGGAGUCAUCACGGAGAACAUCUACCCGGAGGUGGUGCAGAUGGUGUCUGUGAACCUGUUUCGCACGCUGCCGCCGUCCUCCAACCCCUCGGGCGCCGAGUUUGACCCGGAGGAGGACGAACCCACCCUGGAGGCCGCCUGGCCCCACCUGCAACUCGUCUACGAGUUCCUGCUGCGCUUCCUCGAGUCGGUUGACUUCCAGCCCAAUGUGGCCAAACGCUACAUUGAUCAGAAGUUUGUACUGCAGCUGCUGGACUCGUUCGAUUCGGAGGACCCCCGAGAGAGGGACUUCCUGAAGACGACACUACAUCGCAUCUACGGAAAGUUUCUGGGCCUGCGCGCCUACAUCCGUAAACAGAUUAACAACAUAUUCUAUAGGUUUAUAUAUGAAACGGAGCACCAUAACGGCGUGGCCGAACUGCUGGAGAUCCUGGGCAGCAUCAUCAACGGCUUCGCGCUGCCGCUGAAGGAGGAGCACAAGUCGUUCCUGCUGAAGGUGCUGAUGCCGCUGCACAAGGUCAAGUCACUCUCGGUCUACCACCCGCAGCUGGCCUACUGCGUAGUCCAGUUUCUGGAGAAGGACCCGUCGUUGACGGAGCCGGUGAUACUUGCGUUGCUCAAGUACUGGCCCAAGACGCACAGUCCCAAGGAGGUGAUGUUCCUGAACGAACUGGAGGAGAUCCUGGACGUGAUGGAGCCGGCCGAGUUCCAGCGCGUCAUCAAGCCGCUCUUCCAGCAGAUUGCCAGCUGCGUGGCCUCGCCACAUUUCCAGGUGGCGGAGCGGGCACUCUACUACUGGAACAACGAGUACAUCAUGUCACUGAUGACGGAGAACGCCACCGUCAUCCUGCCAAUCAUGUUCCCGGUGCUCUACAAAAACUCAAAGUCCCACUGGAACAAGACGAUUCAUGGUCUCAUCUACAACGCACUGAAGCUGUUUAUGGAGAUGAACCAGAAGCUCUUCGACGACUGCACACAGCAAAGCAAGCUAGAAAAGCAAAAGGAGCGCGAGCGCCAGCGGAUGCACGAGGAGGCGUGGCGCAAGGUGGAAGAGCUGGCGGUGCGCAGCCCGCACUACCCGGCGUUCGCUGACGGAGCGGGCGGCGCGCCUUCAGAUGGGGCCGACGGAGUCGACGGGGAGCAGGAGGACGACGACGGCCCCAUCGACCCGGAGAAGAUCAAAGUCGAGGCGAAACAGGAGAGUGUCCCUCGGCGGCCGAGAGCUCCAUCCAGCCACCUAUCCUUGGUCCGAUGAUACCACCCAUCGUCCUGCGUCCCGAUUCUGUCCCUAACAGGGCUUGGCCAAGGCACCUCAGGGCAAGCCCAAGCCGCUGCUGCGGAAAAAGUCUGAGCUGCCGCAGGACCUGCACACCCAGAAGGCGCUCAACGAGCACAAACGUCCCGACCAGUACCUCACGUCGAGCCCCGAGCUGAAGAACUCCAGCUAGGUCGCCACGCUGCCGCUGCCGCUGCUGUCGCCGCCGCCCGCAGUCCGCGUCUCUCCCCGCUCGCCUCCUAUGUGUGCCCUGCGGCCGCCGGCCGUCCCUGCCGGGCUGCCAGCGCGCCGGGCCCGCCGCCAGUCAUGUAGGACUAGCCGCCGGUGCUGCUGUUGGACGCCCCAUAAUGUGCGCGCGCGUGCCUGUGUGGGAGGGAGAGUGUGGUCUACACGUGCGAGCGAACUGGCGAGGCGCGCACCGCUCGGCGGCCGCCCCUCACGCCCUCCGCCCGGCUGUCCGUGGCGCACACACAUUCCUCGCGGCAGUGGACCGGAGCGGUCGACACUGGCGCCAAUACGCUUCCCGGACGCGCGGCGCGGCGCCUUCGGCCCCUCUGUGUGCACGUGUGGGUGACGCACGUAAGCCUGUGUCCUGCGUGCACCCGCGGGAGAUAGAAUGUGAGGAUGGCGGUGGCGGAGCCGCCCCAGGGGCGUCUGCCGUGCUCCACUGCCGCGCGCCGGACGAACAAAGUCGCGCGCGACCCGCCCCCGACGGAAACAAAUCAAUUAACUGCGCCGCCGCCUUUGACGCCGGAGCUGCCGCGGCCGGGUAUUUUAUCAUCUGUUGUCGAGUGUCAAUGGAGUAUGUUUUAGAGGGCAGCUUUGCUGGACUGGUGUAACUAUGCGGACAUUUUUGUGCAAUAGGUGGCAAAAAUGUGGUGCCGAGUUUACACGACCUCGCGGCCCCGCGUUCGUUUUUAAAACGUGACAGUAUUGUUGGCUGAGUGUUUCGCGAAAGCUCGAUGUCGUUGCGUCGGCCGCCGGUCAGCGUGAAGAUCUUAUUCGUAGUUAGCUGUAACGCCUGAGUUACCAGCUAGUUGAGUUUUAACAAGCUAUAUUUCUGAUUUGUGCAUAAUUUUCUGUUGCCGCCCGAGAUGCUGUAGUAUCUUUAAAUUGCGUUGCUUAACUGUAUGUCGGUGUGUGUUCACACUGUUGAAAUGUGCUUGUUGAAUGGUGGGGUGAAUACCAACUGAUGGACACGGGAA